GGUAGAGAGAGAGUGAGAGGGAGAGAGAGGGAGGGGAGGGAGGGAGGAGGAGGAGGAAAAAUAAAGAGGAGAGAGCGGAGCAGGGCUGAACAAUAGAGACAGGCAGACGGGAGAGAAGGAGGACCAGCUGCUGCUGUUGCUGCUGCUGCUGGAGAAGAACCGGAGGCUGAGGCAGCUUGGACCCCUGUCCCCGAGGCAGAGAGGAGGCGAGCAGCCCCGCGGAGGGAACGGGCUACCAUGGGGGAGCCGGCAGAAGGCUCCCCCAGCCCUCUCCGAGCCUCGGCUUGAAGCUGGGCAUCAUCUCCCCCAGCUCUGUUGCCCCCAUCCCGCGCCUGCCCGUCUCGAAACCCCAAUUCCUUGGGAUCUAAUCGCUUCAGUCUCUGGGCACCGGGUCCCCGCCGCCCUCGCCCUCGCUCCCAAGGAGGAGACGAGACGCCGGCCCUCCGUUUCACUUCCCGGGGGCUGCCCGCAGAGCCCCCUCCCCAGUCAUGAACCCCCCGGAGGGGGUAGCGGAGGAAGGAGGAGCCGCCGACUCGGACGUGGAUGCGUUUUUUCGGACAGGUUCUUUUCGAAAUGAUGGCUUGAAAGCUGCUGAUGUCCUCCCUAUCCUAAAGGAAAAAGUGGCCUUUGUGUCAGGUGGCCGAGAUAAGCGAGGUGGACCCAUUCUGACUUUCCCUGCUCGGAGCAAUCAUGACAGAAUAAGGCAGGAAGAUCUGCGGAAACUCGUGACUUAUCUGGCUAGUGUGCCGAGUGAGGACGUAUGCAAGCGUGGCUUCACUGUUAUCAUAGACAUGAGGGGCUCCAAGUGGGACCUCAUCAAGCCCCUGCUGAAGACGCUGCAGGAGGCCUUCCCUGCCGAGAUCCAUGUGGCCCUCAUCAUCAAACCCGAUAACUUCUGGCAGAAGCAGAAAACCAACUUUGGCAGCUCCAAGUUCAUCUUUGAGACAAGCAUGGUGUCAGUGGAAGGUCUGGCUAAGCUGGUGGACCCCUCCCAGUUGACUGAGGAAUUUGAAGGCUCCCUUGACUACAACCAUGAUGAGUGGAUAGAACUCCGGGUCUCCCUGGAGGAAUUCUUCAACAGUGCCGUUCACCUGCUUUCCCGUCUUGAGGACCUUCAGGAGAUGCUGGCCCGCAAGGAGUUCCCCGUGGAUGUAGAAGGAUCUCGGCGGCUCAUCGAUGAACACACGCAGCUCAAGAAGAAGGUGCUGAAGGCCCCUGUGGAGGAGUUGGACAGGGAAGGACAGCGGCUACUUCAGUGCAUUCGCUGCAGUGAUGGUUUCUCUGGCCGCAACUGCAUCCCAGGCAGUGCUGACUUCCAGAGCCUCGUCCCCAAGAUCACCAGCCUCCUUGACAAAUUGCACUCAACCCGGCAACACCUGCACCAGAUGUGGCAUGUACGCAAACUCAAACUGGACCAGUGCUUUCAGCUACGGCUCUUUGAGCAGGAUGCUGAGAAGAUGUUCGACUGGAUCAGCCAUAAUAAAGAAUUAUUCCUCCAGAGUCAUACGGAGAUUGGAGUCAGCUACCAGCAUGCCUUGGACCUACAGACUCAGCACAAUCACUUUGCUAUGAAUUCCAUGAAUGCCUAUGUGAACAUCAACCGCAUCAUGUCUGUGGCCUCCCGCCUGUCGGAAGCCGGCCACUAUGCUUCCCAGCAAAUCAAACAAAUCUCCACCCAACUGGACCAGGAAUGGAAGAGCUUUGCGGCCGCCUUGGACGAGCGCAGCACCAUCCUGGCCAUGUCAGCUGUGUUCCACCAGAAAGCUGAGCAGUUCCUAUCAGGAGUGGAAGCCUGGUGUAAAAUGUGCAGUGAGGGUGGCCUUCCAUCUGAGACGCAGGACCUAGAGCUGGCCAUCCACCACCACCAGUCCUUGUAUGAGCAGGUGACGCAGGCCUAUACCGAGGUCAGCCAGGAUGGCAAAGCCUUGUUGGAUGUAUUGCAGCGGCCCCUGAGUCCUGGCAACUCGGAGUCCCUCACAGCCACAGCCAAUUACUCCAAAGCUGUGCACCAGGUCUUGGAUGUGGUCCAUGAAGUGCUGCACCACCAGCGAAGGCUCGAGAGCAUCUGGCAGCACCGGAAGGUUCGCCUCCACCAGCGGCUGCAGCUCUGUGUGUUCCAGCAGGACGUGCAGCAGGUCUUGGACUGGAUUGAAAACCAUGGAGAGGCCUUUCUCAGCAAACACACAGGCGUUGGGAAGUCCCUGCAUCGAGCCCGGGCCCUGCAGAAGAGGCAUGAUGACUUUGAAGAAGUGGCUCAGAAUACAUAUACCAAUGCGGACAAGCUCUUAGAGGCAGCUGAGCAGUUGGCGCAGACUGGGGAAUGUGACCCAGAGGAGAUCUACAAGGCAGCUCGACACCUGGAAGUCCGAAUCCAAGACUUUGUGCGCCGGGUGGAGCAGCGGAAGCUUCUCUUGGACAUGUCUGUCUCCUUUCACACACACACCAAAGAGUUGUGGACAUGGAUGGAGGACCUGCAGAAAGAGCUGCUAGAAGAUGUGUGUGCCGACUCAGUGGACGCCGUCCAGGAACUAAUCAAGCAGUUCCAACAGCAACAGACGGCCACUCUGGAUGCCACUCUCAAUGUCAUCAAGGAAGGAGAAGAUCUCAUUCAGCAACUCAGGGACUCUGCGGUGUCCAGCAACAAGACGCCUCAUAAUAGCUCCAUUAGUCACAUCGAAUCAGUCCUUCAGCAGCUUGAUGAGGCCCAAGUGCAGAUGGAAGAGCUUUUCCAUGAGCGCAAAAUCAAGCUGGACAUCUUCCUGCAACUCAGGAUCUUUGAGCAAUACACCAUUGAGGUGACGGCAGAAUUGGAUGCCUGGAAUGAAGACCUGCUGAGACAAAUGAAUGACUUCAACACCGAGGACCUGACCCUGGCGGAGCAGAGGUUGCAGCGUCACACGGAGCGGAAGCUGGCCAUGAACAACAUGACCUUCGAAGUCAUCCAGCAGGGCCAGGAUCUGCACCAGUACAUUAUGGAGGUCCAGGCAUCAGGCAUCGAGUUAAUCUGUGAGAAGGACAUUGAUCUCGCAGCCCAAGUGCAAGAGCUCCUGGAGUUUCUCCACGAGAAGCAACACGAAUUGGAGCUGAAUGCAGACCAGACCCACAAGCGUUUGGAGCAAUGCCUACAGCUCCGACACCUCCAGGCUGAGGUCAAACAGGUCCUGGGCUGGAUCCGCAAUGGGGAGUCGAUGCUUAACGCCAGCUUGGUCAAUGCCAGCUCUCUGUCAGAAGCUGAGCAACUUCAGCGGGAGCAUGAACAGUUCCAACUGGCCAUCGAGAAGACGCACCAGAGCGCUCUGCAGGUGCAGCAGAAGGCAGAGGUGUUGCUCCAGGCUGGGCACUACGAUGCCGAUGCCAUCCGGGAAUGUGCCGAGAAGGUGGCCAUGCACUGGCAGCAGCUCAUGCUGAAGAUGGAAGACAGGCUCAAGCUGGUCAAUGCCUCUGUGGCCUUUUAUAAAACAUCGGAGCAGGUAUGCAGUGUCCUGGAGAGCCUAGAGCAGGAAUACCGGAGAGAUGAGGACUGGUGUGGUGGACGGGAUAAAUUGGGGCCAGCGGCGGAGAUCGACCAUGUCAUUCCACUCAUCAGCAAACAUCUGGAGCAAAAGGAGGCUUUCCUCAAGGCUUGCACACUGGCCCGCAGAAACGCUGAAGUGUUUCUGAAGUACAUCCACAGGAACAACGUCAGCAUGCCCAGUGUGGCCAGCCAUACUCGGGGACCAGAGCAACAAGUGAAAGCCAUCUUGAGCGAGCUCCUUCAGAGGGAGAACCGAGUACUACAUUUCUGGACCUUGAAGAAGCGGCGAUUAGACCAGUGCCAGCAAUACGUGGUGUUUGAACGCAGUGCCAAGCAGGCGCUCGACUGGAUCCAAGAGACAGGAGAAUAUUUCCUCUCAACGCACAGCGCCACUGGGGAGUCCACAGAGGAGACUCAGGAACUGCUGAAAGAGUAUGGGGAAUUCAGGGUGCCUGCCAAGCAAACAAAGGAGAAAGUGAAGCUUCUGAUUCAACUGGCUGACAGCUUUGUUGAGAAAGGUCACAUCCAUGCCACUGAGAUCAGGAAGUGGGUGACGACGGUGGACAAGCACUAUAGGGACUUCUCCCUGAGGAUGGGGAAGUACCGCUAUUCUCUGGAGAAAGCUCUGGGAGUCAACACUGAGGAUAAUAAGGACUUGGAGUUGGACAUCAUCCCAGCAAGCCUCUCGGACCGUGAGGUCAAACUACGGGAUGCCAGCCAUGAGGUCAAUGAAGAGAAGAGGAAAUCAGCCCGGAAGAAAGAAUUCAUCAUGGCAGAACUCCUCCAGACAGAAAAGGCGUAUGUAAGGGAUUUACAUGAGUGCUUAGAGACAUACCUGUGGGAAAUGACAAGUGGCGUGGAAGAGAUCCCUCCUGGGAUUCUUAAUAAAGAACACAUCAUCUUUGGCAACAUCCAGGAGAUCUACGAUUUUCAUAACAACAUCUUCCUCAAAGAACUGGAGAAGUACGAACAACUGCCUGAGGACGUGGGACACUGCUUUGUCACCUGGGCAGACAAAUUCCAGAUGUAUGUCACCUACUGUAAAAACAAACCUGAUUCCAGCCAGUUGAUCCUGGAGCAUGCAGGCACCUUCUUUGAUGAAAUCCAGCAGCGGCAUGGCCUGGCCAACUCUAUCUCUUCCUACUUAAUCAAGCCUGUCCAGAGAAUCACCAAAUACCAACUGCUCCUGAAGGAACUUUUAACUUGCUGUGAAGAAGGGAAAGGGGAACUCAAGGAUGGCCUGGAAGUCAUGCUCAGUGUUCCAAAGAAAGCUAACGAUGCCAUGCAUGUCAGCAUGUUGGAAGGAUUUGAUGAGAACCUAGAUGUCCAGGGGGAGCUGAUUCUCCAGGAUGCCUUCCAAGUGUGGGAUCCCAAGUCUCUGAUCCGGAAGGGACGGGAACGACAUUUGUUCCUCUUUGAGAUCUCUUUGGUCUUUAGCAAGGAAAUCAAAGACUCUUCAGGGCACACAAAAUAUGUUUACAAGAACAAACUACUGACCUCAGAACUGGGUGUGACCGAGCACGUGGAAGGCGAUCCCUGCAAAUUUGCCUUGUGGUCCGGGCGCACACCUUCCUCGGACAACAAAACUGUAUUGAAAGCCUCCAGUAUUGAAACUAAGCAGGAGUGGAUCAAGAACAUCCGAGAGGUGAUUCAGGAAAGGAUCAUUCACCUGAAGGGUGCUUUAAAAGAGCCGAUACAGCUCCCUAAAACACCAGCCAAACAGAGGAACAAUAGUAAGAGGGAUGGAGUAGAUGACAUUGACAGCCAGGGGGAUGGGAGCAGUCAGCCAGAUACCAUCUCCAUCGCUUCAAGAACCUCUCAGAACACUGUCGACAGUGACAAGCCCAAGAGAGUGAUUUGGAGGAUGGCCAGGGUACAGCUGGAUGGUGGGAAUAUUAUCCACGGUGCUUUCUAUGGUGAUAUGACCUUUCUCCCGAGGGGACCUGUUUGGAAUCCUGGGACUCAGUCCCCCAGGGCAGAGGCAACGAGGACAGAGUAUGUGAAGCAGUUUGGAGAGGAUGUGUCAAUCUUGGCAACGACCCGGCUCUCUGGAGGAUGUGAGCUGACCGUGGUGCUCCAGGACUUCAAUGCUGGCCACAGCAGCGAAUUGACCAUUCAGGUGGGACAAACGGUAGAGCUAUUGGAGAGACCCAGUGAACGGCCCGGCUGGUGUCUAGUCAGAACCACUGAAAGAAGUCCUCCACAAGAGGGUCUGGUCCCCAGCAGUGCACUCUGCAUAUCUCAUUCCAGAAGCAGUGUGGAGAUGGACUGCUUCUUCCCCUUGGUGAAAGAUGCCUACUCGGGCUCUUCUGGUGAAAAUGGAGGCAAGUCAGAGUCUGUGGCCAAUCUCCAACCUCAGUCCUCCCUGAACUCCAUCCAGAGCUCUCCAGGCCCCAAGCGUUCCACCAACACCCUUAAGAAAUGGCUCACCAGUCCUGUGCGCCGGCUCAACAGCGGCAAAGCCGAGAGCAACAUCAAAAAGCAAAAGAAAGUACGGGACGGACGGAAAAGUUUCGAUCUGGGAUCCCCCAAGACUGGCGACGAAACCACCCCACAAGGGGACAGUGCUGAUGAGAAGAGCAAGAAAAGUUGGGGUGAGGAUGAGCCAGAUGAAGAGUCCCACACACCACUUCCUCCUCCAAUGAAAAUCUUCGACAAUGAUCCCACACAGGAUGAAAUGAGCCUAGAAGGAGGUUCUUAUCGAGGGAGCUUGAAAGACCCCACAGGUUGUCUGAAUGAAGGGAUGACUCCACCUACACCACCUAGGAACUUGGAAGAGGAGCAAAAAGCCAAAGCCCUAAGGGGCAGGAUGUUUGUCCUUAAUGAGCUUGUUCAGACAGAGAAAGAUUAUGUUAAGGACCUGGGGAUUGUGGUGGAGGGAUUCAUGAAGAGAAUAGAAGAAAAGGGAGUCCCUGAAGAUAUGCGAGGAAAAGACAAAAUUGUGUUUGGCAACAUUCAUCAGAUUUAUGACUGGCAUAAAGAUUUUUUCCUGGCUGAACUGGAAAAAUGUAUUCAGGAACAAGAUCGGUUGGCCCAACUUUUUAUUAAGCAUGAGCGGAAAUUGCACAUCUAUGUGUGGUACUGCCAGAAUAAACCACGAUCAGAGUACAUAGUUGCUGAAUAUGACUCCUACUUUGAAGAAGUGAAACAAGAGAUCAGCCAGAGGCUGACACUCAGUGACUUCCUUAUUAAGCCCAUUCAGAGAAUAACCAAGUAUCAGCUGCUGCUCAAGGACUUCCUAAGGUACAGUGAGAAGGCCGGUCUGGAGUGUGCAGAUAUUGAGAAAGCGGUAGAGUUAAUGUGCCUUGUUCCAAAACGCUGCAAUGACAUGAUGAACCUCGGACGCCUGCAGGGCUUUGAGGGCACCCUGACAGCCCAGGGAAAGCUGCUCCAGCAGGACACCUUCUACGUUAUUGAGCAGGAUGCUGGCAUGCAGUCCCGGACCAAGGAGAGGCGUGUAUUCCUGUUUGAACAGAUUGUCAUCUUCAGCGAGCUUCUGCGGAAGGGAUCGCUCACCCCAGGCUACAUGUUCAAAAGAAGCAUCAAGAUGAACUACCUUGUCCUGGAGGAGAAUGUGGACAAUGACCCCUGUAAGUUUGCCCUUAUGAGCCGGGAAACAUCAGAAAGGGUUGUUCUACAGGCUGCCAAUGCAGAUAUUCAACAAGCCUGGGUGCAGGAUAUCAACCAAGUCUUGGAUACACAGCGAGAUUUCUUAAAUGCACUACAGUCACCAAUUGAGUAUCAGCGGAAAGAGAGGAGCACAGCCGUCAUGAGGACCCAGCCUCCCAGAGUGCCUCAGGCCAGCCCCAGGCCCUAUUCUGCUGUCCCUGUGGGGGCUGAAAAGCCCCCAAAGGGCUCCAGCUGGAACCCAUCACUGCCGCCCCUGAAGAUAUCUACCUCCAAUGGCAGUCCAGGGUUUGACUACCACCAGCCUGGGGACAAGUAUGAGCCCAGCAAGAGUGAUAUGGGAGGGUGCAAUGGGACCUCAUCCAUGGCAGUGAUCAAAGAUUACUACGCACUGAAGGAGAAUGAGAUCUGCGUGAGCCAGGGCGAGGUGGUCCAGGUCCUCGCCAUCAAUCAACAGAACAUGUGCUUGGUCUACCAGCCCGCCAGUGAUCAUUCCCCUGCCGCUGAGGGCUGGGUCCCUGGCACCAUCCUGGCACCCCUCACCAAAGCCACAGCUGCAGCAGAAAAUAGCGACGGGAGCAUCAAGAAGUCAUGUUCAUGGCAUACCCUACGCAUGAGAAAGCGGGCGGAAAUGGAGAACACUGGUAAAAAUGAAGCCACAGGGCCUCGUAAAUCCAAGGAGAUUCUGGGCAGCAAAGUCUCAGUUAAAGAGAUGAACAGUUCCGAGGAGUCAGAGUGCGAUGAUCUUGACCCUAAUACUAGCAUGGAGAUCUUGAAUCCAAAUUUUAUCCAAGAAGUUGCCCCGGAGUUCCUCGUGCCUCUGAUGGAUGUGACCUGCCUACUAGGAGAUACUGUGACACUGCAAUGCAAAGUCUGUGGGAGGCCCAAGCCCAGCAUCAUUUGGAAGGGCCCCGACCAGAACAUCCUCGACAACGACAACAGCACGGCCACCUACACAGUCUCCUCCUGUGACUCUGGUGAAAUCACUCUGAAGAUCUGCAACCUGAUGCCCCAGGACAGUGGGAUUUACACAUGUGUAGCAACCAAUGACCAUGGGACUGCAUCAACAUCAGCUACAAUCAAAGUGCAAGGUGUUCCAGCAGCACCAAACCGUCCCAUUGCCCAAGAAAGGAGCUGCACAUCAGUGAUUCUCCGGUGGCUGCCUCCAUCCAGCACAGGGAACUGCACCAUCUCCGGUUACACUGUGGAAUACAGGGAAGAAGGUUCCCAGGUCUGGCAGCAGUCUGUGGCUUCAACUUUGGACACUUACUUAGUCAUUGAAGAUCUGAGCCCAGGAUGCCCUUACCAGUUCAGAGUCAGUGCCAGCAACCCCUGGGGGAUCAGCUUACCUAGUGAGCCCUCUGAGUUUGUGAGACUCCCAGAAUAUGACGCUGCAGCAGAUGGUGCUACCAUUUCCUGGAAGGACAAUUUUGACUUGGCUUACACAGAGCUGAAUGAAAUUGGAAGGGGUCGGUUCUCCAUUGUGAAGAAAUGCAUUCACAAAGCUACCCGAAAAGAUGUUGCUGUGAAAUUCAUUAGCAAGAAAAUGAAGAAGAAGGAACAAGCAGCCCAUGAAGCUGCCCUCCUCCAGCAUUUGCAGCACCCUCAGUAUGUUACGCUCCAUGACACCUAUGAGUCACCUACAUCUUACAUCUUGGUUUUGGAGCUGAUGGAUGAUGGCCGACUCUUGGACUAUCUUAUGAAUCAUGAUGAACUCAUGGAAGAAAAAGUUGCUUUCUACAUUCGAGAUACCAUGGAAGCCUUACAGUAUCUGCAUAAUUGCAGGGUUGCUCAUUUGGAUAUCAAGCCGGAAAACUUGCUUAUUGAUUUACGGAUCCCAGUGCCUCGAGUGAAGCUUAUUGAUUUGGAGGAUGCUGUCCAGAUCUCAGGUCAUUUCCAUAUCCACCACUUGCUGGGGAACCCAGAGUUUGCUGCCCCAGAGGUGAUUCAAGGCAUCCCUGUCUCCUUGGGCACAGACAUUUGGAGCAUUGGAGUCUUGACUUAUGUAAUGUUAAGUGGUGUUUCCCCCUUUCUGGAUGAGAGCAAGGAGGAAACAUGUAUCAACGUAUGUAGGGUGGACUUCAGUUUUCCCCAUGAGUACUUCUGUGGGGUCAGCAACACAGCAAGGGAUUUCAUCAACGUGAUGUUACAGGAAGACUUCCGGAGGAGGCCCACAGCAGCCACCUGCCUGCAACACCCCUGGUUGCAGCCCCAUAACGGCAGCUACUCCAAAAUCCCCCUGGAUACCUCACGACUGGCCUGCUUCAUAGAACGCCGGAAGCACCAAAAUGACAUUCGCCCAGUUCCCAAUGUCAAGAGCUUCAUUGUCAGUCGUAUGAACCAAGGGACAUAAGCCUGCUUUUUGCCCUUGAGGCUUGACUAAGACACACAAUGUGAGCAAAAAUGAGACAUUGUUGGGCUGUAAAUAGUUCUGUGUUAAACCAUUUGAUUUGCAAUUCCACAGACUGAGUGAUGUACCUCAUGCACCUUUUUCCAGUGGUUAUUCAGUGUCUAAACAGUAAAACCUAUCCUGAAUUCUAGGAGUUUUCUGAUAGUUGGCUAUUUACCCUCUCUAGAAGGUUAUUCUGCAAAGUCAAGGAAUAAGUCAGGUAUUGGAUUGUGGGAAAUUGAAGGGGUGUGAGUGGGGAAGAUCCCAUAUGGCUAUUUUCAGGUGGACUUGGGUCAAAAUGGAAAAUCAUGAGUUCCAAGUAGAGUCUUAAGUGGAGUCAGCUGAAGCUCAUGCUAAACAACCCCAGAGUUUUGUUUAAUAGAGGCAGCCCAUCUGUCAACUGCUCUAGUUUAGGUAUCUUAGAUAUACGUUCUUAAUACAAAUACAUGUAAGCAUACAGUAGAAUAUAUCCCACCCAGGUUCCAGAGUUUUAUGAUAUAUGUGUAUAUAUGUAUGUAAAAUAGAGAUAGCUUUAAAAUUAAUCCCCAGUACCUUUCUGUGCUAGAGUUAAAACAGUUAUUUAUAGGAGCAGUAAGUCGUUUUGACUUAAGCACAAUUAGAUGGAUUUUUAAAAAAAAAAUAUUUUAUAAAACCUUGUACAGAAAUCUUCUACGAAAACCAGAGGAAGUGAUGUUACCCUUUUUUCAAUAUCUUUAAAGUUAUGACUUUGCUUCCAGCUGAAGGUUUAUUUGAUGAACAUUGAAUUGUAUCCAUCAAACUUCUCCCAUUUCUCUGACAGAUCUGGGAGAGAAAUCUGUCAGAGAACUAGGCCGGCAAUGGAACUUAAAAUUUAUGUGCCCAGUUUUGGAUAAUGAGCAAAUUCAGGUGCCUAUUUUUAUGCCUCCACCUGACUUUAAAAUAGGUCCAUGAACCAUAUGAUAGGUUCAUUAGAAACUUUUCCUAUAGUUCUUAUCCAUGAAGGAGCAGAAGUUUCUAGUUUCUUCUACAGAGAUGCAUCAGACACUAAGAAGUUUCUUCCCUUGUAUCCUUAUCACUGCUAAUAGCAGUAACAUUUAUCUAUUGGGAGGCAGUAGCCAUAUAUCUCUCUUAAAAGGUCUGGUGAAAGCAAAAUUCUGGGAAAUGGGUAAGAAAAAUAAGUCUCUGUGUGGAUUAUCCUUUUGGUUACUGGAUUACCAAAUGUUACCAGAACUAUUUGGUGGCGGAGAGGGGCAUUCAUUCUGGGGAACUGGAAUCUGCCUUCUCCUGAGCCAAAGCUUUUCAUAAUAUCACUUGAAAUUCAGACUGGAGGACACCCAAAGAGAGAUGUUUAAUUUUGAAGCCAUGAAGAAAAGCCUGAUAGAUCACCCAAAGGGAACAUUGUUUUCCUUAGGGCUGCAAUAUAUGUUAAUCCUUAACCCCAGGUAUUUCUCUGGACUCCUAAGACCAAUGUGAAGGCUGAUGCUGCUCUCUAGAGUAUAUCCUCUCAGAAUUCGGCUAUAUUGUUAAUUGCCCUUUCUUCCUUAGUAAGCAAAAAGUGCUAAGACCUGAGUAUUUUCACUCUAAUUUUAUAUAUGAUCUUACCCCAAAUGUUCCAGGAUGUCUUUUAAAAUGUGCUGUCACACAGCUGACAUUUUUAAGACUAACUGCAUCAUCUGCUCACAUAAGAUUUCCCAGCAUUCUUUUUUCUUUCAGCAAGGAUUCAAAUCUUACAAUAAAAUAAGGAGAUCAUUUGGGAAUGGUUCCCUGGCAUCUAUUCUCAUGUCUGGAUGGGAAAAAAUAUGGAAAAUCAAACCUGAACUAAGAUAAUGUCUAGAAACCUUUUGUCCCACAGUGAAACUGUAGAAUUAGAAAUAAUUUACUGAAUAUUUUUCACAGUAUUAAAAGGCAACUUCAUCAUCUACCCUUCCCUAUCUCCACAUUUUCCCUAAAGCCUCCCCAAGUUUAUGUAUUAAUAAAUUAGUAGUAAGCUCAAGCAAUAAGCCUAGGUAGCACUUAGCAUUUUCGGAUUAACCAAAUAUGUGUAAACCGACUCUGACUGUAUUUGUUUUCUAGCUUGUGAAUGGCCUUGGGUUACCAAUUCAGAUGCCUUGGGGACUACUAACUUGUUCUAUAAAUUCUACAUUCAAUUACAUACACACACACACAUACACACAAAGUUUUGUGAUCUUAAAAAAUUAUCUAAAUUUCUAAGACUUCUAUAGUAGAAAAGUAUCAAUGCAAAAUAUAUGAUGGACCCUAUCCUAGCAUUUAUUUUGUGAAGAGGAAGGAAGAAUGACCUCAUUGUAGGGUUGGAGAAUUAUUAAGUUUUCAAAACAUGCUAUCCCUUUGGUUUGUCCAUUUCUCUUUCCUUCUACCUAGAACACAUGUUAUAAAGAGUUCUUUUGAAUGUCAAUAGGAGUUAUCAUGGCCAUACAAAAGAUAACUAAGUGUGAGUUUCUAAAAGGCAGAGAGCCUCGACUAGGAGGUAUGCAGGUUGGAUGCAAUGGCCAAAAAGUUGGAGUGGGGGAGGCAGUGGGGAAGAGAAGUUGCCAUUAGCAAUAUAUCAGCUAGAGCAUCAGCUUGACCCAAGAGUUAAGUUAUGUAGGCUGCUCCAGAAUAAAUGACUGAAAGCAUGAUGUGAUGGGGAAGGGGGGAAAUGGAUUUGGAGUCAAAGGAACUAAGUUCAAACCUUCCCUCUGCCACUUACUCCCUGUAAAAUACUGGACAAGGCAUUUAAACUCUCUAGGUCUUCAUUUCCUCAUCUGUAAAAUGACCAGAUUUGAGUAAAUAACCUUUUAGCUCUAACUCUUGGGUCCUGUUAAAAGGUAUUUUUGAUGGUCAUGUUGGGUGCUGUUGUUAAUUGAAGCCAAAGCAUAACUACUGGUAUCAAAAUAAAUAUGUGUGUAUAUGUAUGUGCUCAUAUAUAUGUACAUACAUAUAUAUAUAUAUGCAUGUAUGUAUUAUAAAUGCAUACAUAGCAAAGGCCCCAAGGGAAAGUGAGGAAUUAUCCAUUUAAUUUAGUCAGAGAAUUCCUUAACAGUGGGGAUCACCAUAUACCUAGUUCCUUGCCCUUCAGAUACUGAAGGAUGCAGUGUAGUUUAGAUCUAAGGAUUCCCCAAAUUAACACUUAAAUAAGAAUAAAAACUAUGGAAUCUCAGGCCUGUUAAAUCAUUUCUAAAAAAAUAAAAGCAAAAAAUAGAAAAAUAGGGCUAGAUUAUAUGCCCUUAAUGGUCAUGUAAGGGUCACUUAUAGUGAAGGAAAGUAAAAAACUUUUGAGACCAUUUCCUCGAACUACUAGAAACUAUUAUCCUAUUUUAUUUUACAUUAUGAUAACUUCAAAUAGUAUGAAUUUUAAUCUAUGUGACUAUUUCACUGGAUUCAUCAUUUGUACUAAUCAAGACCUAGCUGUGCCUGUCUUGAACCAAAGAUAUUUACAGAAUUCCUAAGGAAGGAGGGAAAAUUUCACUUCUGCUAAAAUUGUAUUAACCUUGAAAAUCAAUUUAUUGGGCCUGGCUAAAAGAAAUAUCACAUUUAUACAAGCAACUCAAGUUCUUUUUAAGCCCAAAUUGUCCAAAUUAGCUUAUGCUAAUUGAGUAGGAUUUUUUUUUUUGUUAGGAUAAACAUGAAAAGGGUUAAGGAUUGGGAGGAAAAAGUAAAAAUAAGGGCCAACUCAAUAUAAAUUAAUUUGAGAUAGUUUGUCCUUUUUGAUUUGGUCUUAGAAAGCUAAGCAUUCACUUAAAAUGUAUGAGAAAAGUUGUAUGAAAUUGUGGGAAUAGAGGUGGUAGAGAAAGGGUGUCCAUUUAACAUCUCAAGGACACAAAACAACAUUGAAGAAAAGAGGAAGAAGGGAAGUACAAAAGGGGAAGGAGAGAUGUUGGCUUUGGUUCUUUGUGGUCCACUUUAAAACAGUUGUGCCUUUCAGAGGGGAGGAUGGGAAAUGCUAAAAACUGCCAUGUUUAGCUUUCCUAAAUUCUCAGUUCAUGGGCCUUACUUUUCCUACAGAAAGAGGAGAGGAAAUCUCAGUCCAGGGCAGAUCCAGGAAUUCCUUGGUUUCUCAUUUCAUUAUGGUUCUUGACUUUUUUCCUUCUCUAUAAAAUGUGUCAUGGAAUCCUUCUGCCAUGAAUGUAGCCUAUGUGCAAAAUAGAAGUGGGAAGGGAGGAAUAGCUUAUUGAAUCUCAUAGGAUUACUGACAAAAUAUACUAGUUAAUCUGUGUCUCAAACAGACUUUGGAUAAAGUGCUAUACACUGCCAAUGCUAUUUUAUUGCCUAUUUCAAACAAACUGAAAAAUUCCAGUUUUUCCAAUAUUCAACUUUUUGGGCAUUAUUUGCCAGCUUAUGAGACUAGAUUCUUCUACAGAAUUUAUAGAUGAAAAUAUUGCAUGCUUAUUAUCUUAAUAUUACUUGGUCUUAUAUAGGAAAAAAAUCAACAGUGAAAAGAAUCCAUUGUCUGGAAAGAUGGGUAGAGAAGCUGUCCCAGUGAAUAAAAUACAUCAUAAAGAACGAAACACCACCCCUGUUUCUUGUUGUUAUCUUUGCUUUAGAGGUAUGCUAACCUAGCUUCCUCUGCCACCCUCUACUUUCCACACCCUACUGUCUGAGUGACUGAAAAAUACCAUUAGUUACCAACCUUUGCAGAGCUUUACUGAUGUUUCAUUGGAAACUACCAUCCCCAGUGUGAAUCAAGGGCACAGGUGUAGAGGGUAGAUUUCACUGUGGUUGGGGUUUCAAUGGGAAGAAAAAGGUUGAAAUCUGGAGGCAACCAGCUCUUUUUUCUUAACCUGUUGGAAAAACAACUUCCGGUGGCCUAAAACUGUGCAUACGUACUAGUCCUUCCUGGAAGAACUCUAAAUUUGGGUUCUUAAGGUCCUAUGGGAACAAAGGUAUCAUAAAUGAGAAACCAGUGGUGAUUUCUGUGUGUUUACAAAAUCCUUUGCCCCAUUUUUGCAAUCAAAAGCCCCUGCAAAACAGGGGAUAGAAAUUAUGACUUUGGCUGCUCUAAUGGCUGAGCAGUACUGCCAACAACCACUCACUCAGGGUGAAUGGUGACUGAUAUUGGGUGAGUGAGAAGGAAUGUAUACACUAUUCAUUCACUCCCUGGUUAUGAACUCCUACAAGGAGUCUGGGAUAGGCAAACAUAUUUGUAGGCUUAUCAGUUUUUUUGUAUUUAUUUGUAAAGCUGUGUUGGGAUUUCCCUUAGUUUUCUAAAAAAAAAAAAAUCUAGGGACCAUUUAAAAAUUGUAAAUAAAACCAUGGGAAAGGAACAGGGGAGAUAACCCUGACAUUCACAUAUGCACCAAAAAAGAAAGUACUAUAUUAAUACUUGUUCUUUAAGUACUAUGAGAUCUUCAAUUGUUUCAUUGUUAUUGUGAAUAAAAUUUUCCCCGAGAGCCUGGAAUCUGGGCAUAGGUAUCUGGAUUUUUUUAAAAGGGAUUUUUUUUUUUUAAAUGUGAGAAAUCUAUACAGGAACAUAGAAAAACUGGCCAUGUUUUCUGUGACAUGAUUAAGUUUCUUCCUCACUUUUAACAAACUUAGAAGCUAGAGGGGGACAAAAAGCAAUCAUUUUAAGAUAACUUUCAGUCCUCAAAGACCAGUGUAAUAGCUCCCAAGUGGAGCCGUUUUACCAGGGACAUGCUGACACUGAAACAGACAACUGAUUCAGUUCUCCUGCCAAUUUGCUCACUGGUAGAUUCAGAAAAUUAGACUUUUAAUCAUAUUCCAAUUUGGGGCUUCAUCCUUUCUAUUCUAUCAGAAAGGUAUUACUUUGGGAAAGUGAGAGUAGGGAAGGAAGAUGAGGGGAUAGAAUAAAUGGAAAGAGAUAGGAACUAAAUGAUUAAAGAGAAUCCUGUAUCAUGAGGCUGAAUCUAGUCUGGCUCUAGCUGGGCAUGUUGGCACUCAGUAAAUCCUUGACUGAGUAAUUGAUCGAUACUGCAAUUGGUAAUUGAUCCACAUUUUGGAAUGCUAAGGUGACUGUUACCAUGCCAUUCAUCAGAACUGUGGUCUUUGAAUAUGAAGCUAGUAAAACCAACAUCUCAUUCACUAACUUAAGCCAUAUCUCUCAUCUCUGUCUCUUUUUUAUUUAUUUUUUUUUACCCUGGUGCUUUGACUUCAAUAUCUGCUGAACAGUUCAGUCUAAUCUGUUGGAGAAAAUAUCUAGAAGGUAGAACAAAAAUGGGAAAUAUGACAACUCUGAACACAUUUCCUUCAGAAUGAGAGCUAGUCACCAAGAAAGGUAGUGGUUUAAGGAUAAGCAGAUGGAAAAAGACUGAUCUGUAUCUGCAUGCACAUGAAGAGAGUGUAUAAUGUCUAUGUCUAUUUUAUAGUCCAUAUGAAGAAUAUAUUGGAGAAACAUAAAGAGAAACAGUACAUUGUAACGGUGACCUUUUAGUCAGACAACUUGGUUUCUAGUCAUAGUCCCACAGUGUGGCCUUGGGCAAGUCUCUAGCUUCCCCAAGUCUCAGUUUCCUCAUCUGUAAAAUGGAAAUAAGACUGGUACUUACCUACCUCACAGGGUUUUUGUGAGGAUCAAAUGAGAUAAUGUAUAUGAAUACCUUAUAGAAACACAAGGUAUUAUUAUAAUCAUCAAUUUACAGAUAGGACACUUUAUCUCUCAAGGCCUCAGUACCCUAGUAUAUAAAAACAAGGGUUUGGGCUAGGUGAUCUCUCAAAAUUUCUUUCAGCUCAAUAAUAUAUGACUCUGUGUUUCUCAGAAUAUAAAUGUCCAAAUUGGCCAAUGUUCUAAUUUGGAAAAUCAUUUCCAGUUAUAUUUAAAACUAUUGGAACAGAUUGGAGCUAAUCAGAAUCAACCAACUAUUUCCUCAAGUGGGAGCCAGUUCUUGAUUUUUCAAAGACAUCAUAGCAAAGGGCUCCAAGCCUAAGACAUCCCAAUGAAAUAUUUUUUUGGUUUAUUCUAUUAUCAGGGUCAAAAAUAAUUUUGGAUUUGAAUUAUUAAUAAACCCUUCGGCCACUCAGAUUAGUCAGGGAAACCUGGAUUCAAAUCCAGGUCCCAACACUUAACUUGCUGUGUGACCCUGAGCAACUCAUAUAAUUUCUACGUAUCUCAGGCAAGUAAGACUCCUCUAUGAGAGUCAAGGAGGAGUAGCACCUGUGUUUGUGGAGAGAAUCCUCACACUGAGAUUUCUUUCCUUCCAUUGUUAAAAUCACAGACCCUAUCCCUUAUCUUUAGACCCUUCAGGGAAUGACUCCAAUUGGUUCUGGGAAUUUGAGGUGGGACAUUCUGGCCAUAUAUAUGAGGCUUAUCUAUAUCUGGGCAGGUUUCUCCAUAUGGACCAUAAUACAUACACAUAGAAAUACACUCAAUUACAUUAGAUCAUGUUAACAAUCAUCUAAAAGAGGAAAAAUAACAAUGAAAAAAAUGCCACUCCACAGUAUUGAUCAAUAGCUCAAUAUUUUCAAGGUGCAAAAGAAUUCCGCAGCCUUAAUUAUUUCAGUGUCUUGCUGGUCUGCCUUAAGUGUAUCUUCUGUUUUAUGGCAAUUUUUUUUUCCAUUUUGUAUACAUACAAUGUCAUUUUGUAAAGGUAGGUUGUAAAUAUUUUAUUUGUAAGUCAGAUCCCUCAUGUGUCAUGUUGUAAAGUGGUGAUCUGAUGUCAUGUUUAUGAUUAAAAACAGUAAAUGUUACAAGCUGCAGAUGAAGCUUCAAAAUGUACAUCUCAUGUGUCAUUGCAUUCCUAUAAAUAUACUCUAUGAAAGA